UCGCAAACGCCGGCGUCAUGGCUACGCCCGAGGGCCGUACCGCCGACGGCUUCGAAACCCAGUUCGGCGUCAACCAUCUUAGCCACUUUCUGCUCUUCGUCCUCCUACGACCGGCACUUCUGGCUGCCGCAACGCCCUAUGCCAGUUCUCGGGCGUUAUUCCUCUCGUCCAUCGGCCACCGCGGUGGCGAAGUCGACUUUGAGAACUACAACCUCGACGGCGCCUAUGACAAGUGGAAGGCGUACUCGCAGAGCAAGACAGCCAACCUGUGGACGGCGAACGAAGCGGAUCGACGUUAUGGCGGAUAUGGCCUGCGUGCCUUCAGCGUACAACCGGGCGGAAUUCAAACCGGGCUCCUGCAGCACAUGAGCGAGGAGGAGACACAAGGUUUGUCGGGGGAUCCUGCUCUAGCCCCGCAGUUCAAGAGCCCGGAGCAAGGGGCCGCCACGACUGUCUGGGGCGCUAUCUCUAAGAGUCUAGAUGGUAUGGGUGGCAAGUAUCUGGAAGACGUUCAGAUCGCCAGGGCAUGGCAGUCGAGCGACGGACAGUGGGGUCCUGGAUACGCACCACAUGCUUAUAGCCGGGAGAAGGAAGCGAAGCUUUGGGAGCUGUCUUUGAAGCUGGUCGGCGAAGAGUCUUAAAUGGGCUAGAGGCCGCGAUUGUUGCCCAAAAAUGUUUUAAGAACAAUAGGUCAAAGCAAACCAGUUGUUCUACACUCGCAGUAAACACG